UCGCAACUUAAAAUUCAGAAAUCUAGUGCCGGAAUUUUUAGGAUCCUGAGAGUAACUUUUGCAGCGGCAACGCUCGUAAUCGUUGUACCCUGGGUGUGUCGUGAGACUGUCAGUUGACUAACUGUCGAAGUGUUUUUAUACUGUAAAUUUUCAACUCCUCCACAAAAUUCCCGCGCACAAAUGAGUACACGCAUAAAAGUACUGUAAAGUUUACCAUAGAAAGAUUUUCAACAGUUUUUCAACAUUUACAUUCAUUGCAUUACACUUGUAAAUUUAUUAUAUAGUUAUUAUCAUGAAUAAAAAGGCUCACAAGACAAGAAGACAAAUUCAAGCUGAAAAAGCAGCACAAGCCAUAAAAUUAGUUAAAAAAGCAAAUCUGCUGAGCAAUCCACUACAACAUCUUACAGAUUUUCAUAAAUAUACAUCCAAAGAUGGAUCAAUUUUCGAAUUAACUUGUGAUCGUGUCAUGAAUUUACCUGAUGAGACAGUGAAAUGGAUUUUUGAUUUGAUGGAAAGAAACAUGAAAAAACUAUAUGAAGAAUCUAGUUGGGGUUGGAAUGAAGACGCAAAGCACACAGAAAUGACAGAAAAUAGUGCUUACUAUUUAAUUGCAACUUCUGAAGGAAAGAAAGUGGGCUUUUCACAUUUUCGAUUUGACACUGAUGAUGAUAUUGAAAUAUUGUACUGUUAUGAACUGCAAUUGGAACCUUCAGCAAGGCGGAAAGGACUAGGUCGGUUUAUGAUGCAGACUCUAGAAGCUAUGGCUGCAAAGAAUCAAAUGCAAAAAGUUGUUCUUACUGUACUCAGGCAUAAUCCAAUAACUUUAACUUUCUUUCAUAAACUUGGUUACAAACAGGAUACCACAAACCCAUCUUCGUCUGAGGGAGUGGAUUAUGCUAUUCUGAGCAAACAAAAUUUACGUCUACAAAAAACUUAGAACGUAAAUAUUUCCUUGUUUAUUAAUUACAAAUUCGAAUUCAUAUUUUAUAUUUGUACAAAUCCUAUCUCCAAACUAUUAAACCCAUAAGAAUAAUAGCAACUUUUUUGUAAUUAUCAAAAUUUUUGUCAGCAAUUGAUUAAUAAAAUGAUUGUCUUUAAUUACUUUGAUAAAUGUUUUACAUUUAUUUUCUUGCUGAGAUAAUAUCAUAGAUCUU